GCUCUCCCGAUUGUUCUAUCGAGUUAUAUGAACGCGAGUUUGCUAUCGUUAGCUACUCCCUUCCGCCGUUGCACGAGAGGGCAGGCAGAGCAGGGCAGGGCGAACCAGAAAUAGGAUAGAUGAUGAGGUCGGGUCAGAGUGUUUCGGUCUCGCGAACGAGAGGUGAGGUUGCAGAGACGGACCUGGGAAGCGGAGAUCGGUGAACUUGUGUCCGCCUUUUUUCGGGUCCGUGUAAAGGGCCUUACAUAAAAAAGGGGAGGGCCCCUUGCUGAGUCGAAAGAUGCCUUUCGGAGCUGAGCUGAGCUGUGGAGUGGAGUUGAGUGCGGGUGGGGCGCAGCUGCAAUACUCUCUAAUUCCCCUGUUCUUCUCAUCUCCUCCUCUGCCCUGGCUGCAGACAUAGCUCCUUGACUUUCCACAAAGCCCUCCCCUUUUCCGCUUUCUCUCUCCCUCUCGAUCUCUCUCGAUCUCUCUCGAUGUUUCUUUAGCUGGACGAGCACAUUUUCCGAAGGAGAUGAGGAUUUGGGGCCUCUUCCGCAGGCGCGCAACUUCGAAGCGUCCGCUCUCGUGAGCCACUGGACGUCAGCCGGGCUUGGGUCGAGCAGACGAGAAAGCCCGACGGCGAAAGAGGAAGGCUGCCAGAGGUCGUGGCGUGGUUGAGCUGGACUCCCGCUCGUGCCCGUCAUGUGAGGGCUUCCGACACGAGGACGAGGACGAGAGAGUGUUCUGAGUCGAAGAGCCGGCCGAGAUCUGGCAUACGUCUCUGCCUGCUGCAAGCCGAAGCACGUGCAGAUGUGAAAGUCAGCGUUCGAGCAUUCGAUCCAGCGCCAUGCGAUCUGAGAGAAAUGUCAAAGGCUCGCUCACUCGCUCGCUCUGCCGAGUCCAUGCAUUCCUUCGAGACUCUCGCUCCUACCACAUCGGCCCUGCCUCUCAGAACCUUUGAGCUCAAACCUGCAGUUCCUCAGCCAUGCUGUGUACACGAAUUCUGCACUCUCGGAGCGGGCAGGCGGUCGGCUCCUGAAUCCGAGCUCGAAUUCGACGAGAGAGGGACGACCAACUGAGAAUUUCAACGAGGAUGAGAAGUUGACUGAACCUCGUCUGUCACUCAGGAGUCGCGACUCGCGACGGUAGCGACCGUCCUGGUUUUAAGGAACAGAUCUUUUUUUGAAGCCGAAAAUCCGGGGGAUCUUCCUCCCGCGCGCUCCGAGCAAUCGAGCAUCGAUCCGGUCACAGAAGAAAAUCCGGAGGGAAACGUGUGCAACCGUCGGUCUCUCUCUGUGUCGUGAAAGAGCCGGACAACAAGCGUCACGAAGUCGUGGAAUGCGCGACCGACCGUUUCUUAGGACACUCGCGGAGGCAGAUGAAGGAGAUGUCGUCGAGGUUUGAGGUUUGGCACGCGCGGUCUUCUCGUUCCCGCCAGACACUCGUCGUCGAGAGGGGCGGAUGACGACGUCCCUCCCUGACAUUGCCUCCGGAGGCGGAGGGUGGUGGUACGCGAGCACCUUCAUCGCUGCCAGGAAACACGUGAGCCGAGCGAGCGAGGCCUCCGAGUGUCCGUCCCGUGCAGGAAAUGCGACCAGCGAUGGUUCUAAAUUUACCCCCGCGAGUAUCGAGCGCGACGUUGACCUCGCACCCCAACCCCCGGAUCGCGGACCGUCCGAAAUCGGACGACGUCACUCGCGAUUUCGCGAUUCUGUGCAAGAUGACAACUCAGUCAAUCUCCAUCGCAAGGCCAAAUCGCCAACGCUGAGACUACGCAGUCUCGGUCAGCGCAAUGAGCCUCGGACUGUGAUGCCAUCGCUCGAUAUUGUCGGAGGCGAUUUCAGCUCGAAGAAAUCUGAAGUGCUGGCCGCGACGAGACUCAGGAGCACAGAAGUCCGCCGAACAGAACAGAACAGAACGGAACAGGACAGCAGAAAGCAGAACAGAGCAGAGCAGAACAGAACGGAACGGAACAGAGUAGAUUUGAGCUCUGCAUGUGAAAGGCGUGGCGAGGAGUACCAGGGGCCAUCUCCAGGGCCCGAGCGACAUGCCAUGACGCAAAAGGCAAAGUCAUGUUUGCCAAACGGGAGACGGGACGAGAGGAGACGUGGGCUCGGCGAGGGACAUGGAGAAACAGGACGCGCGUGGAAACGCGCGAGCGAUUCCAGUGCUUGUGCCUGCAGGCAGGCAGGCAGGCAGGCGGCCAUGGUCUGGCCCGACCGUCCGAGAUCGGACGCAUCGCCGAAAUAUAGAAUGCUGGAAGUUCACGUGCAGGACGGAACUCAGACGUCAAUCUUUUCCGCUCUCUGAAAAAGCAGCAGCACCAGGCAGCAGCAGGAUUCCCCAUCCGAGUCAACCUGUCCAAAUCCAGAACUAAGUAUCCACAUUACCCCGAACAGCAGCCCAUCGCCAUGUUCAUCUGCCUGCCUCUGCCUGCCAGCUGCUCAAAUGGACCAGCGAUCGAUCGUCCUCGGGUUCUGAUAAAGGCUUGAGUUCGUUAGUGGUAGGUACGUACGUCGGCCUGGCCUGAUUUUCGUGAGGUUGAAAUAUCGUGCCAGACAAGUGAAACCGAUCGUCUCUCGUGCCAACAAAUGUCCGGAACUUGAAGGAAUUGAUGCUCAAUAUAUCACAAGAGUCCUUCAAAUUAGAGGUCAGCUAUCCCUCAACCGAUUAACAAGAAGCUAACCCCGAUUAGAAUUAAUAUUGGGAAUGUCAAGCGUCCUUUAUCUGAUGAUGGGCUAACAUUUCCAGGCCCGAAGGCGGUCUUGACACAGAUGCGUGGAGAAAUCAUUACAAGAGCAGGAGGAGUGUGGUCGAGCCAUUUCUCUGGCACGAGCAUCGCUCACGUUUCAAUACAUGUGGGUAGCAUAACGUUCGUCCAUGGCCUUUACGAGGAGACCAGGGUUCACGCCGGUGGUCCAAACCCGAAAGGAGUUGGGAAACUGAAGUGGUCCCAGUUGAAGCUUGCGAGCAAGCGAGCAGGUUUUGUUUCCAUGGCGAUCGGCUGAUAGUGCGCCGCUAAUUGAUUUCUCUCCGUGUCCGUUGCAGGAUGAUACUCAUCUACAAGGUCGGAAAUCUUUGGCGAUUGCGGAAAUCAAAAUGUCUCCGGAUCGAGACGGACUUAUCUCUCUCUCUCUGCGAAGAGGAAGAGAGAGAGAGAGAGAGAGAGAGAGAGAGAGACUUGCGAGUUUCCCUUCUUAAGAAACUCCAUUAUCAGAAUGUCCAUAUAGACCGUCGAGGCGUGGGGAUCGAAAUGAAAUGAAAAAAUCUGAAAGAAAUGAAAACCAAAUGAAAAGGGAAUGAACUGAAAUUGAAUGACGAAUUGAUGGUCAACCCUAAACAGAGCCUAAACUUUCCACGACACGCGGUCGACGGUUGCAUCAUCGUCAUCAUCACCAUCGUCGUCGUCGUCGCAGAUGUCUCGAGUUCCAGUGUCUUGUCCUCAGAUACCCGUCGCAUAAUUCCGAGCUCGUCCUCGUGACGAACAGAGCCGGCACGACUGGAAAUGAAAAAAAAAAGGAAUUGUUGCCGCCUUAUUAGACAUGGCUCGCGGACAGAGAGGGACGGAUGCAAAGCAUCAAUCUGAGUCGGAAAAUUCCCGAACAAUCCCUCUCCACAAGAGUUUUCAGUCAUGGCUGGUCCGUUUGGACUGAUGACGAUUCUGUAAGUAGGCAGAGUAUCAGAGGCGGUCCGUUUGACAUAAGUCUUACGUAUUGUGCUCUCAUGAUUAUUGAUUGCAAUGGUGAGACAGGCAGGCUCUGUCGCCGAUGCAGGAAUGAGCAUGGUCAAGAUCCAGGCAGGCUCGAAGAGCUGGGAACGGGGGCAGGGACGAGAACGAGAAGCAUAUCCGCGCACAUGCCGAUGGCAGAGGCAGCUUCCGUCUCUGUACUCGAGAGGAUGACCGCAUGAGUGACAGCGGGAACGAACUGUGCGAGACUGUUGACAUUUUGUGCCGACUGUCGUUCACUGCAGAGCGUAAAUUUUGAUGUACGCCGGUGGCAUUGAUCUCGCAUUGCGUCAAGCUGUCGGAUUCGCGCUCGAAGACAGUCGACAUGUGUGCUUACGUCGUCGGUACCGACGGUGCCUCGCGGACCC